AUGCUCAACAAACAGAACUUGAGGCUAAGUUUGACAACACGCGAUGACUUGAGGGAAAGUUUGAGAACAUGUGAUGAGGAAGCACUUGCUAUAUCAAGAACAAUGCAGGAUUUACACCACCUCAAGCUUAUCGGAAAUAGGCCGACUAAUGAUGGCUUGAGGAAAAUUAUUGAUUCUUGUACUAAUCUCGAGUCACUUGAUUUGCGUUGCUGUUACCAUCUUAAUCUAGCAGAAGAUUUGGGAAGAUGUGCUGAACAAAUUAAAAGCUUGCGGCUUCCCAACGAUUCCGUUGACGACAUGGACUAUCUUUCUUCAACUACAGUUAAUUGUCACAUAGCACCUUAUAAGGAUGACUACUCAGAUUUUGAUGAGGAGGAGGAUGACGACUCAGAGUUUGAUGAUGAGGAGGACUACAUAGAUAUUAAGGCUCUGAUCGACUAA